CAUGACGCCCCGAAACGCCGUCAUUUGACGUUUACGCUUCGAAGCGACAACAUCGCAUGCGAAAACCCACCCGAUUCCCCACGAAAAUGCCCCCAGCAUUUUUUUCCCUCUAAUCCGCCCCCAAGCACCCGCCAUGGACACCAAUUACGUCCAGAUCAAGGACAUGCGUCCGGGCUUAAAGAACAUAACCGUAGUGUUUAUCGUGCUGGAGGUCGGCCACCCCACCGUGACGAAAGAAAACCGCGAAGUUCGAACUUUCAAAGUGGCGGACCAGACGGCGUGCAUCAACGCGAGUGUGUGGGACGAGGCGGGCCAGCUGCUGGCCCCCGGGGACAUCGUGCGCCUCACAAAGGGCUACCUCUCCAUCUGGCGCAACUGCCUCACGCUGUACACCUCCAAGGGGGGCGACCUGCAGAAGGUCGGCGAGUUCUGCAUGGUGUUCAACGAGCAGCUCAACAUGAGCGAGCCCAACCAGGCCUUCCCGCAGACGCCGCCGGUGUGCGGGCCCCCGAACAACAUGCCGAUGAACAACGGGACCAACAACGGGGCGGGCAGGAUAGGGCCCUCGAUGCAGGCUCCGGUCACCACCUCCUCGUCCAUGAUGAACAACACGGGGCCGAUCAAGUCGGCGCCGAGCGGCACGAACAGGGGCGGCGGGCCCCCGCAGGACAGCCAGAAGCGGCAGCGGGGCUCGCGGGGGGGCCAGCAUAGGAAUAGGCACAACAGGAGUAACUAGGGUUCGGACUAUUUAUUUGAGUUCUAGCUGCAGAGGAUUUAUGUUGUAGAUAGGCGGCAGUUUGUGUAAAAUUAUAUUUUUUAGCGCGAUUGAGGAUUAGCGGGACUGAGAUCACACGACACAAUACAAAAACCAAGAUUAUAUUUUAUGUACAAAAUUAUUUUAUGAUAAGUGAAUCUGAAAUAGAAAUCGUCUGUUGUAUAUGUUGAAUUGUUUCGGAUGAAAGGUAAUUUUAUCUGUAAAUAAAUGCAUAGAUUAAGA